AAGAAAAAAAAGUUGAAAACAUAGAAAAGAAGUACUACUUCUAGUUUCUAACCCUAACUCUCGAUUACAAUUUACAAACCCCUCUACAUUCAUCAUUUUUCCCAUUUUUCUAUCCUAAAAUUUACAAAUUAUCACUCACAAUUUCGCAUUUCCAGCUUCAAAUUAUCUCUUCUUUCUCCAAUUAUGAGAAGCAGCUACGAGAAGUAAUAGAAAAAAAAAACGAAGAAAUUUCUCCGACUACACCAGAAAACUUGGAUCUUUGAAGAAUUCGAAGGUUUGUUUAGGAUUAAUUUUACUAUCAUAAAUUUUACGCUUCAAAAUUGAUAGUUUACAUAGUAUAUAUCAUCAAAAAUUCAUAAAAAAGAAGGAAAAUCAGAGAAUUUGGGGGUUCAGUUGAACCCACUGAACCCCCCUUUUAAUGGCGUUUAUGGAAAAGGGUAAUAUUGUAAAUAGUUCAGAGAAGCAAUCACCAUGUGAGAAUGGUUUCAUGAAAGUUUCUGGUAUUUGUACUGAAAGUGGUGGGUCCCCCACAAAAUGUAAUGGUUCAUUGGAGAAGGAGGUUGAAGUGAAAGGGGGUCUUUCAUAUGCAAACAUUUUGCGCACCCGAAAUAAAUUUGUGGAAGCUUUGGGAAUAUAUGAGGGGAUAUUGGAGAAGGAGAAGGAAAAUGUAGAAGCUUUUAUAGGGAAAGGGAUAUGUUUGCAGAUGCAGAACUUGGGGAGGCUGGCGUUCGAGAGUUUUUCGGAGGCGAUUAGACUUGAUCCUCAGAAUGCUUGUGCACUUACGCAUUGUGGUAUAUUGUAUAAGGAUGAUGGCCGCCUUGUUGAUGCUGCUGAGUCUUAUCAAAAGGCUCUUAGAGCUGAUCCAUCAUAUAAACCAGCGGCAGAAUGCUUAGCCAUUGUACUGACUGAUAUUGGGACUAGCUUAAAGCUUGCUGGAAAUACUCAAGAAGGGAUUCAGAAAUACUACGAAGCUCUUAAAAUAGAUCCACAUUAUGCUCCAGCAUAUUAUAACCUUGGUGUUGUCUACUCUGAAAUGAUGCAAUAUGACACUGCACUCACAUGUUACGAGAAAGCAGCACUAGAAAGGCCUAUGUAUGCUGAAGCUUACUGCAACAUGGGUGUCAUAUACAAAAACAGAGGGGAUCUGGAGUCUGCUAUUACAUGUUAUGAGAGGUGCUUGACAGUGUCUCCAAAUUUUGAGAUUGCUAAGAAUAAUAUGGCAAUAGCGUUGACUGAUUUGGGAACAAAGGUUAAGCUCGAGGGUGACAUUGAACAAGGUGUAGCAUACUACAAAAAAGCUUUGUACUACAAUUGGCAUUAUGCUGAUGCUAUGUAUAACCUUGGUGUUGCAUAUGGUGAAAUGCUGAAGUUUGACAUGGCAAUUGUGUUCUAUGAACUUGCUUUCCAUUUCAAUUCCCAAUGUGCAGAAGCAUGCAAUAAUUUAGGGGUCAUUUACAAAGAUCGUGAAAAUCUUGAUAAGGCAGUCGAGUGUUAUCAGAUGGCUUUGUCAAUAAAACCGAGCUUCUCCCAAUCUCUGAAUAAUCUUGGUGUUGUUUUUACAGUUCAGGGAAAAAUGGAUGCUGCUGCUAGUAUGAUUGAGAAAGCCAUCAUUGCAAAUCCCACUUAUGCUGAAGCAUAUAAUAAUUUAGGUGUUUUAUACAGGGAUGCUGGUGAGAUUUCUCGUUCUAUUGAAGCCUAUGAGCAAUGUCUCAAGAUAGAUCCCGACUCACGCAACGCAGGCCAGAAUCGCUUACUUGCUAUGAACUACAUCAACGAAGGAGAUGAUGACAAGCUAUAUGAGGCUCACAGGGACUGGGGACAGAGAUUCAUGAGGCUGUAUUCUCAGUAUACGUCAUGGGACAACCCAAAGGAUCCUGAGAGGCCUCUUGUUGUUGGAUAUGUUUCCCCUGAUUUUUUCACCCAUUCUGUUUCAUACUUCAUUGAAGCACCACUGGCACAUCAUGACAGCAUGAGCUUCAAAGUGAUAAUUUACUCAGCAGUCGUGAAGGCAGAUGCCAAGACUUUGAGAUUCCGAGAGAAGGUCAUUAAGAAGGGUGGGAUGUGGAGAGAUAUAUAUGGCAUAGAUGAGAAGAAGGUUGCUCAAAUGGUCAGGGAAGACAAGGUUGAUAUAUUUGUAGAACUUACUGGACAUACAGCUAAUAAUAAAUUGGGAACAAUGGCUUGUCGACCUGCUCCGCUGCAGGUUACUUGGAUUGGCUACCCAAAUACAACAGGCUUACCUACCAUUGACUACAGAAUAACUGAUGCAUUCGCUGAUCCCCCAGAUACAAGACAGAAGCAUGUUGAGGAGUUAGUUCGGUUACCCGAUUCUUUUCUUUGUUAUACACCUUCUUCAGAAGCUGGCUCUGUUUCUGCAGCUCCAGCUCUUAAUAAUGGAUUCGUCACUUUUGGUAGCUUUAACAAUUUAGCAAAGAUAACACCUAAAGUAUUGCAAGUUUGGGCAAAAAUAUUAUGUGCUGUACCAAACUCACGGCUAGUGGUGAAAUGCAAACCCUUUUGCUGCGACAGUAUAAGACAUAAAUUUCUUUCAACGUUAGAGCAGCUGGGAGUGGAGCCUGUUCGUGUUGAUCUUUUACCCUUAAUUCUUCUAAAUCAUGAUCACUUGCAAGCGUAUGCUCUCAUGGAUGUAAGCUUGGACACUUUUCCAUACGCUGGAACAACCACAACAUGUGAGUCGCUCUUCAUGGGAGUUCCAUGUGUUACGAUGGCUGGCAAUGUGCAUGCUCAUAAUGUUGGUGUUAGUCUUCUUAGCAAAGUUGGGUUAGGCAAUCUGGUGGCCGAGACUGAAGAUCAGUAUGUUGAGCUGGCGAUUCAGUUGGCUUCGGAUGUAUCAGCACUCUCAAAUUUAAGGAUGACUCUGCGGGAUCUUAUGAUCAAGUCACCAGUCUGUGAUGGAGCAAAGUUCACUCUUGGUUUAGAAGAAGCGUAUCGAAAUAUUUGGCACAGAUACUGCAAGGGUGAUGUUCCAUCUUCGAAACGCAUGGAAAUAUUACAGCAGCAGCAGCAACAGCAGGAUUCUGUCUCUGAAGAGGCAAGUAUUGUCCCAUUGAAAGUCAUAACCUCAAAAGACGAUUCUCCUCUUAAGACUAAUGGUUUUAAUCCGGUCCCACCACCACCUAUAUUGAGUCUUGCCACUCCCAAAGAAGCUGUCAGCUGAAUGCUUUUGUUAGCGACGUUGAAUAUCUUUCUCUUCUCCGAAAAGGGGGCAAUGAUCUAGAAUGGAAAUGCUGGGAGUUGAACAAAAAAAGAAUUUUAGCAUCGUGAACUGGUGCAUACAUAUGUUUGGAUAUUAGCAACAAAACAGGAUGUUAACGUCCUUGAUUUAGGGUUUUUUCUUUGGGUGGCGAGGAUUAUUUAGGUGGUAUGGUUGAAGGCGUGAUUUCACGUUACUCUCCAUCGGAAGUCGACAGAUAGUUAAUAGGUCUAGUUUUGAUUGUUUCUUCAUUUCUCUUUCCCCCUAUAAGGUUUUUCAUUGUGUCUGGGGGGUGCCUAAAAGUUCAUCCACACCCCAUUACAGGAGUUGUAGCAGUGUAUUAUUGAUUGGUCUGACUGGCCAUUAGGAUUUUUAGACGAUUAGUGAGAGUGCCCUAUAUGUAAGAAAAUUUCACAGAAUGUAUAGCAUUAAAUCAAUAGAUUAGUCUAGUGCUUGCUCAAUGAGAUGUACUUGUGGUUAUCCACUUAAAAUGUUGUUUGCCUCUUGGCUUGAUUUUGAUUUUUAUGAAGCGUGCUUGAGAAGAGAGCUUUACCAUAGAA